AUGGAAGCGUCGGACCGUCGAAAUGACUCUGUCGAAGAGCUGAACGGACACGUGCGGGACCUUCAGUUGUUGGAUGAAACCGAAGCGGCGGAGGAGGACACUGACGAGAUGUGAGUUUCAUUUCAUUUUUUUUUCUUCAAUUUUUCAAACCAACUCUCUUCUAGCACAAUCCCAGAGCUGCCGGAGGGAAAAGUGCUCGAAUUUCGACUGCUCUCCAACUGGGGCGACCCGAAUUUCAUCGGUCUCAAUUCGGUGGAAAUGUUCACGGCGACAGGCGAACGGGCCCACGUGGACAGGGUGAGAAUGAUUUUGAAACUUUCAUGUGCAUCAGAGAUUGGGAAUUCCGUGUUCCGUGUUCCGCGUUUUUUUGCAAUAUUUUUUCCGUGUUCCGUGUUCCGUAAAAAAAAAAAUUUCGUGUUCCGUGUUCCGUGUUCCGUAGAAAUACGUUUUUUCCGUUUUCCGUGUUCCGUGUUCCGUAUAAACUAUAUUUUCCGCGGAAAAAUUCGAUCACAAAUUUUAUUUUUUUCCUUAUUAUUUUGAUUAGGACAAUUGACGUUUUGUGGUCAAAAUUUGAAAAUUUUCGGAUUCGGACCAUAUUCGUGAAAAGUGGAUUCCAUUUUCAGUCGUUUUUUACUGCUGUGUUGUUGGUUUUGUUAUUUUUAUGAAAUUUUCAGUAAAACUUUCACAUGAGUCAAACAGCUGCCUUGUCAGUCAGAUAAUCGAAUUAAACAAAACAUUCUUUUUAAAAAAAUCACUGGAAUUCUCUUGAAAACGCUUUUUUCCGUGUUCCGUAAAAAAAAAAUUUCCGUGUUCCGUGUUCCGUAGAAAUAAGUUUUUUUCGUUUUCCGUGUUCCGUGUUCCGUAAAAAAAAUUUUCCGUUUUCCGUGUUCCGUGUUCCGUAGAGUAAAAUUUUUAUUCCCAACAUCUCUGAUGUGCAUAUAUACAAACACACACAGAUCACGACGAACGCGUCAGAGUUCAGCGGCCAUUUGGAGUCGUUGCUCGUCGAGCAGUUGCACUGUAAAGACACGGAGAAAAUGUGGUGUGCGAAGAGGAAUUCGUCUCGGCAGCCGAUUAUAAUCACGAUGGAGAUGAAGAAUGUGACGCAGUUUGCGCUCGUGCGAUUUUGGGUGAGAAAGUGUUUGCACACAAAUGGACCUACAGUAAUCCGCUCUGCUUUUUUUUUGUCUCUAGAACUACAACGCCUCGCGAGUGCACGCACAAAUCGGCGUCCGUCACGUGGAAAUGUACCUCGACGGGAAGGGCAUUUUUAGGGGAGAAUUGGAGUGCGCCUUCUCGGCCGACUCGGAAUUCACUCCGCUCAUGGGAGAGGUGUGCUCGUUGGAUGCGUGCAAAAACCUUUCGCACUACCAUCUUGCAGACGGUGCUGUUCACGACGUCCGAAUCGAUUCUGGAGCAGAUUGCGAUGCACGACGUGUGUCUGCUCGAGCAUCCGGAGCACGUGCCCCACGUUGAAAUGCUGCUGCUCAAAUCGGAGCACCUCACUCCGUACCGCCCGUCCACGUGCGAGACGAAGGACGCGCCGAGCACUCCCGUCACUGCUCCCACGACUUUUCCAAAGUUCGGCCAGGAUCCGCCGCCCCCGCCCCCGCCCACCGCUUAUCGACACGAUGUCAAGGGUGAGAGAGAGAGAGAGAGAGAGAAGAGCCUACAAAAAUUUGUUUUUCCAGUGCUGCACAUCGAACUGGCCUCCAACUGGGGAAUGGACGGUCUGAUCGGCCUGACCGGUCUGGAGAUUGUGGACGAGCGGAAUCAGAUUGUCGACGAGUCCAGAUUCACCGUCACCUCUUCCGAUGGAAGUGUCGAGCCGUUGGCCAAGUACGCGUCGCACGGUCUCCAGAGCUGAUAAAUUUUAACAGCAAAAUUUCAAAAAAAAUUUAACAGCAAAAUUUGCGUUUUUUGCCAGAUUAGCCACGAAAAAUCGAUAAUUUCUCAUUUGUCUCUCGAUACACCGAUUGUAUAGGCUAUUACGAAUUUUUUAAGCGCAAGAGCGUUAAAUUUGGUCAAGUCGCAAAUCACAUUCAUCCGUUUGAAGGUUUUUCGCUAAAACUGCGUGAAUUUCAGUUGCUUUUCGGUAAUUUUCGCGGUUCGAGCGCUCAAAAUGCUUUAUUUACGUGAUUUAUCAUUCUCAAAACCAAUUCUGUCUGAAAACGGUCAAGAAAGCGCAAAAUGAGAAUUUUUUGGGCGGCGAAGGCGAAAAAGCAAAGUCCGCGAAAAAUGAGCGCCAAAACGUCAUUAAUUCUGUGAGAAUUAGUGUGUUUUCAUGUCGAACAAUCAUUUUUCAUCGCCGUUGACCACAAAAAUCAGAGAAAACGUGCUGAAUUCUUGAAAACGCCAUUUGGCCGAGGCCACGCCCAUAUUGUCAGCUCUGGAGACCGUGCCGUCAGGUUUUUUUUGCGUUUCAAAAGUUGUUGUCAUUUGAAAAUGUCUUUGUUGAUUGCAGACUGUUCAACGGCCGUAACCUGACGCGUAACCCGGAGGACAUGUGGCUGGUCCCGUUCGACCCGAAACACCCGGUCACCCUCUCGCUCACCUUCCACUCGCCCGUUUCGCUCAAAGCCGUCUCGGUCUGGAACUACAAUUCGUCGUUCGAAAUGUCCUACGCGGGCGCCAAACUCGUGCGCUUUUAUGUGAACGGAAAGCCGCUGAUGCACCAUGUGAUGCUGCGAAAAGCCACCGGAUUCGUCUAUUUCGACUACGUUCAGGACAUUUUGAUGGAGCCGGCCGCACUCGAAAUCGCGGCGAAUGCGAUCAACUUGAACAAGUAUCACAUUGGCGGAUGUGAGUUGAACAUUUUCUUCAGACAGAAUUAUACGGGUGCCGCACGAAAAAUCGAUAAUCGCGUGUACGUCGUCUAGAGAACAUUGUUUCGUUUUGCAGUUGUGUACCAGAUCCGACUAUUGUCCACUUGGGGCGACGAGUACUACAUUGGUCUCAACGGAAUCGAGCUCUACAAUCGGAAAGGCGAACUCAUUCGGAUCAGAGAGCACAGUCAGUUUCAGUCCUGUUCUAGUGGUACCAUACAGCGAACACCUGGACUUUUGACCGACUUGGAAUUAUCCGAUCGGGCCUAAACCGCGUCCAAGUGUGGAUCGGAGGCCGAAAAGGCCACAAUUUUCGCAAAAACCCUGUCCUUUUCGGCCUCAAACUGGUAUAUCUCGGGACCGGAUGAUCCGAUCGGUCUGAAAUUCGGUCCCAACAUACUUCAAUCCGUGUCCAAGAAGCCUGCAAAGUUCUGGCCCGAUCCGAUUAUUACAAGUGGCUCAAAAGUCCAGGCAGAAAUUUUUCUUAGUGUUUCAAAAUGUGCUCAAUAAAAAAUAUGCCAAUUCUAUAGUGUUCUAUGAUCAUAUUGCCUAAGAAAAAAUUUGCAGACCUGGCGGCGUUUCCGGAAAGUAUCAACAUUCUUCCGAAUAUUCGCGGAGACCCAAGGACUUCGAAUAACCUGAUUACGCAGCCAAAUGAUACGGAUGUGUGAGUGAAACGAGUUGGACUUAAACCAACAGAAAUUUGAAUAAAAAUGUUCAGCGCCAAGCACAUGUGGCUGACCGCCCUCCUGCCGAACCGUUGUGCCCGUGUCUUUUUCGUGUUCGACGUGCCCACCUACAUUUCCAAAAUUAUCAUUUACAACUAUCGAAAGACGCCCCAAAGAGGCGUCCGACACAUUUCGGUGAGUUGCAAUUUGUUUCUAUUUACUGUAUUCUCUAUUUUCUGCAGUUAUCCGUCGACGAUUUGAUAAUAUUUUCGGGCGAAAUACCCGAAAGCACCGCCCAUUCGACGGGCUCGCUGGAAAUUCGUUUGGACGAAUUCUAA